CAAACGGACGGCAGCAAAUCAGCUUUCACGUCCUUCUAGCCCUCAUUGGUCGGUAACUCUCACGUUGUAGUUUCCAACAUGUCGGCUAUGUCUGUGCUGCCCAUGUGUGCGCGGUACGUUCGGGGUCUCUUGAGGCCCAGGAGCGGGACGAUGGCAGCUUUCUCUCCGACUGUGUUGGACACCGACCGGACGCUGUGUACGGAUAAAGCUCCUGGCGCGCCUGGAGAAAACACCGGCGGACUGGCUCAGGCUGUCCUCCAGGAGAGACUCCAGCAGCUGCAGGCCCAGCCUCCUCGUGAGGAAGGUCAGAGUGAGAGGGAUGGUGAGCAUGCAGAAGAUAAAAAGGAGAAGGAGAACACUGCCUACGCAAAGAAGGUUCUGCUAAGGCUAGCGGGAUUUAUGGGAGUCAGCGGAGCAGUCGGCAUUGUCUACAUAUUUGGUACUAAUUCAGUCGAUGAAGAUGGAAAUAAGAUUCCAGAUGAGUUUGAUGGAGACCCUCCAAUUAUCCAACAUGUGAAAAGGUCAUACAAAUACAUGAAGUUCUACAGACAGAUGAUUAUUGAUCCAACAAGCCUGAAGUUGUUGCCAGACCCAUUGAAGGAGCCAUAUUACCAGCCUCCCUACACUCUGGUCCUGGAGAUCACUGAUGUCCUACUGCACCCGCAGUGGUCGUUGUCAAGUGGAUGGCGAUUUAAGAAACGUGCUGGCAUUGACUACCUCUUCCAGCAACUAGCACCAUACUAUGAGAUUGUUAUCUUCACCUCAGAGACUGGCAUGACUGCAUUUCCCCUGAUUGAUAACAUCGAUCCUCAGGGUUUUGUCAUGUAUCGUCUCUUUAGAGAUGCAACGCGCUACGUGGAUGGACAUCAUGUUAAGGACGUUUCUUGCUUGAAUCGUGACGGCAGUAAAGUGAUUGUGGUGGACUGUAAACGGGAAGCGUUCAGCCUGCAGCCCUUCAAUGGAUUGGCUCUGAAGAAGUGGGACGGAAACUCUGAGGAUCGAACGCUCUACGACCUUGCCAACUUCCUCAAAACCAUCGCUCUGACUGGCGUGGAGGAUGUGCGCUCGGUGUUAGAGAACUACUCUACAGAGGAUGACCCGAUAGAAGCCUUCAAACGUCGUCAGGCUCAGUUAGCUCAGGAAGAGAAGCAGCGUGUGGCUGAGCUCUCCCAGCAGAGGACACAGACAUUCUCUCUUAACUCCAUAGUCUCACGGUUUUGGCGCUCCAAGCAGGAGUAAGCCGCCCCUGCCCUUUUUGUUUUGUUUUGUUUUUUAACUUCCCCAGUCAUUGUCCAGCUCUCUGCCCUCUUUGGCCAGUAGAUGGGAGGAUCUGGCAACCAGGUGAAGGAGGGUGUAAACAAGGCAGAGCGAGGAGCAGACCUUCAUACAGCACUACCCUCUGUCACAAACAGAACUGUCUUGGUGGGCAGGUCUCUGGUGUUGAAAAACAGCAAAGACAUUGGCUGGCCUCUGUCUCAGUAAGAGGUGCUUCUUUGUUUGGAGAGAGGGGGCAUUUUUAGACCCAUCCCUGUGUCCGUUUGAUGUCACCUGUUGCUUAUAAAGCAGCUGAUUGAUUUGAAAAAGGCAAACAGGAUACAACCUCCUGACUGGUUGGUGGCCGAUCUGAGACCAGUGCUGCUUGUUCACUCCCAGGAUCUGAAAUGGGAACAGCUCCAUCCUUUUUUUUGAUUUUUUUUUUCUUCCUUUUUUUUAAAUAUGAAUUUUUCCUGUUACUAUCUAAAUAUAUAUAAAAGACUGUGAUGAGAUGACGCUGAAAUACCUUUGCUAAAAAUAAAUGGGGAUAAAAUGAAUUAAGUGGUGUUCUGUAGAAUGAUUAAGAUGGGCACUUUGUUUUGUGAGGCCAUUGGGGAAUGCAACAAUAAAUGAUCUUAUGAUACAG